GGGAUGAGGGAAAAAGAGUGAGAGGAAGAGUGGGAGAGGGGGAGAGAGAGGAAGGGAGCAUGGUUGCUAUCAUUUCUCUUCUCAGACCUUUGUUGAAAGUCUUGGGAUCGAAGGCAGGGAUCUUAAUCAUAGCGUAGAGGAAGUAUAAUCAUCUUCCUGUAAUUGCAGUGAAUGCAAUAACAUAAAGAGAGGGAAAGAGAGAGAGAGUUUUUUAAGCAAAAUCUUAUAUAUAUUGAGAAGGAGCUGCAAAAAAGCUUGCCAGAAAGGAAAAAUAAAUAAUUAAAGUCACAGAGAGAGAGAGAGAGGGAGGUAUGGAGAAGGAUUAUUCAAGCACUCUUUCUUUCUUUUCAAGUCUACUUUAAGAUGGAAACUUGAAAGAGUAAAGAGGAAACUGAGAAAAGUUGCUAGCUAAAAGCAAGAAGGUAUGUGGGUGUCACCUGAACUGUUUCUUUGAUUAGAGUGAGAGAGAUUCCUGGAGCAAGCUGGUUAGUAAAUUUUAAUUACUCAAUCUUGGGAUUUUCAAGCCUUUUUAAAAAAAAAUUAUCAUUAUGGAGUCUGAAAAUGUCCAUCACCAACACCAGCUCCAAGACCAGCUUGUUGGGUCUUCUUCUUUACCUAUCCCAUCCUGUUAUGGAGUUGCAAGCACCCAUUCUUGGACCCCAACCCCAAGUUUCGCUUUGAGCAGCAGUGAGUUCAAUCCAAAUCAUAAUGGAGAUAUCUUAAACUCAAGGCAGAAAAAUGACAUUUUAGCAUCUCCUCAAAACAGUUCCAUGAUCCAAGACUGGACUGACAAUGGAGGGAGCUUCACCACCAGCCAGUCUUGCUAUGACCUACACCUUGCUAAAAUUAAGGAAGAGCUCUCAGAAUCUCUCACGAGAUUCACUGACAUGCUAAGCAACACCUCAAGCGUCGGAGAGUCUCAUCAGCUGCCUCCUUCACCAAACUACUUAAAGAAUGAGCAAAAGGAUCUGCAUGAUCUCAGCGAGAAACUAUUGCUCAAGACAAUAUCUUCUGGUUUUCCAAUGUUUUCAGCUGGAGAAUUUUACUCAGCCACGCAGAAUUGUUCCAUCCCUGGAGGCACUGCUUUACCAAGUAGAAGGAAUUUCAGCCAGAUAUAUCCUAGUAUCAAUAUCUCAAACUUGAACCAAGCGUCCCCAGCAAAUAUCCCCAGCUCCUUUGACAUGAAUUUGGAGGCCUUGGAUCUCUUGAGCUCCGCAAGAUACUGCAGGAGCAGUAGUUUAAGCCAUCCUUCACAUGAUCAUAAUCUUGGUAUAUACAAAGAGAGCCCUCCUUUUGGUCUUCAUCACCAUAUGCAGCAGUCAAAUCAGAGGGCAGCUUAUAGCCCUAGUAAAUUAUCACCCUUCACCAGUGAAUUAUCAGAGGCAAAGAGACCCAGCACUUUGCCAGAACCAAAGGCAACAGCAGCCGCAACCAAGAAAUCUCGUUUGGAGUCACGCGCUUCCUGCCCUCCCUUUAAGGUCAGGAAAGAGAAAUUGGGUGAUAGAAUUGCAGCUCUCCAACAAUUGGUUGCUCCUUUCGGCAAGACAGAUACAGCGUCCGUACUAAUGGAGGCUAUUGGGUAUAUCAAAUUCCUUCAAAACCAAGUCGAGACAUUAAGCGUUCCAUAUAUGAAGUCAUCUCGCAACAAUGCAUCCAGAUCCAAUCAAGGGGGUUCGACGAUGGAGGACGGAAACGAAGAACCAAAGCGAGAUCUCAGAAGCCGAGGUCUAUGCCUAGUGCCCUUGUCGUGCAUGUCUUACGUGACCAACGACAGCGGUGGCGGCAUUUGGCCUCCGCCGCCGCCCAACUUUAGCGGAGGAACUUAACACAACUAGUUAUAGCUCAGCUAGUUAAUUUCCAACAAUGAUUAAAAAAAAGAAUUACUGAUUAUUUUCUAAGCCCAUAUGUUUGGGUGGGGAGAAUAAAUUCUAGCUUUGGUUUCAAUGGAACAAAUUUGGUCAUCUUGUUCAAACAAAGAUUCCAGGAUGGACCAAGUUUGAUCCAUUAACUACAAUUCUUGUACCUUUAAACCUUUUUUUUUUUUCCUAAUUUAUAUAAGUGCUUUUAAAAGAGCUUCUUCA